CAUUUCUAUGUGGAUAAUGUAUUUAACUGUGCCUGCUACUUAUCCCAAAAUAUGCAUCCUCCUGUAUAUGCAGCGUAGUGUGUCUGGCCAUGUUAAAUAUUUGCGGGACAUUAGUAAGGAAAUGUCUGUUUGACUGGUGUGUUGAUCACACUGUGUUGCCUAACUUUUGUGACAAGUCUCACACCGUCUGGUUGGCCCUGAUUACUGAGCCAAACGUCUGAGUAGAGACUUGAGUCUUAAGACAGACUUCCUCUUGAAUAGCUUUCUGCAAUUAUCAUUGUUAUUCCCUGCGAACGGCAUGAACCACAUAUUUGGCUCCUCAGUGACAUUGGCAGGCAAAAAGUGGCAUUCCAGGCAGAUAGCAAGCUGAAUCGAUUUUGCCCCCAAUCUUUUCUCCAUUUUUUCUCCAUAUUUGGAAAUGUUUACCUCCUCAUGGUUGCCGAGAGGGUGGAAGAGGGGAUAUGAGUCAUUUUUAGCGGCAGCAUAAGCCAUGCUGAAGGCUACACACAGACUCCUUGCUCCGUGCUCUCCUGUGGACUUCCAGCUCCUCUCCGCUCUGUAGAGACCUGGGAUGCUGUGUCUGAUCCUUUUGUGACUUUCUGCUGCCCCUGUUUCUAGAAGAAUACACUGAAUCAUGUGGAGUUCCCAGGGAAGUGGAGGAGAGCAGCUGGGUCAGGUGACUGCCCGCAUGGAGACCAGCCCACCCAUGGGUACCACCAGCAUCUCCGUCUCCCAGCAACAGCCACCCAAGAAGUUUGCCCCCGUCGUGGCCCCCAAGCCCAAGUUUAACCCCUACAAACCGCCAGGAGAGGGGGGACACAAUGAAGGUGAUUACCCCCCUCCACCUCCACCUGUGGCUGAUGCCAGCGGAUUCCCAUCACCCUCCUCCUUCCCUCCCCCACCCCUCAUGGACGACUCCCUGCUGGGAUUUCAGGUGAAGGGCCCGGAGAAGACCCUGGAAGAGAGACGCUCCAGUCUAGACGCCGAGAUCGACUCCCUGACCAGCAUACUGGCAGACCUGGAGAGCAGCUCACCCUACAAGCCCCGCAACCAGCAGAACUCCAGCCCUGCUGUCACCAGCCCCAUUUCCACUGCUCCGGUGACCGGCUACAAGCGCAUGGUCAUCCCUACGCAGCCGCCUCUGACCGCCACCAAGAAGUCCACCCCUAAACCCCAGGGCUCGCCGGCGCCCUCCACUGGCCCCCCAGCCUCCGCCAGCCCCGUGGCCAAGCACCUGUUCCAGAGCCCUGCGGCCGCCCCGCAGCCUGUCCCGGCCUCGUACACCACGGCCUCCAUCCCCAGCCAGCCCACCUUCAACGUGCAGGUGAGGGCGGCACAGCCAGGGCCGCAGCACCCCCCGCCCCAGCAGCAGUACGGGCAGCUGCCGCCGCAGCAGCAGCAGGCAAGAGGGCCCGUCCCGGUGCAGUACAUGCCGGCUCAGCCCCGGGGGCCCGACUUUGCCUACGGGCCUCCACAACCUGGCUUCACACCGGUGCCGCUGCAGCCUGGCUAUGCUGACUACGGCUACGGAGGGGGGCAGAACACCUGGAGGGCCGAGCCCGGCCACCUGGGCGCUCCGCAGGGACAGGCCAGCUACCAGCCCCCGACCCCGAAGAAGACCUACAUCUCGGAGGCUCCGCCAAGCCUGGUGCCCUACAACACAGGGCCCCCUGUGCCCCAGAAGGCCCCUGCUGCCAUGCGGCCUACUGCCCGGCCAGAGGAGGAGCUGGAGCGCCUGACCAAGAAGAUGCUGUACGACAUGGACAACCCCCCUACUGAGGAGUACUUCGGUCGCUGUGCCAGCUGCGGAGAGAACGUGGUGGGCGAGGGCACUGGCUGCACCGCCAUGGACCAGGUGUUCCACGUGGACUGCUUCGUCUGCAUGACCUGCACUGCCAAGCUGCGCGGCAAGCCCUUCUACGCCGUGGACAAGAAGGCCUACUGCGAGCCCUGCUACAUACAGAACACCCUGGAGACCUGUAACAUCUGCAGUAAGCCCAUCAUGGAGCGUAUCCUGCGGGCCACAGGCAAGGCCUACCACCCCCAGUGCUUCACCUGUGUGGUGUGCCAACGCAGCCUGGACGGCAUCCCCUUCACCGUGGACGCCUCCAACCACAUCCACUGCAUCGAGGACUUCCACAAGAAGUUCGCCCCGCGCUGCUCCGUGUGUGUGGAGCCCAUCAUGCCUGCGCCUGGACAGGAGGAGACGGUGCGCAUCGUGGCCCUGGACCGGGACUUCCACGUGCAGUGCUACCGCUGUGAGGAUUGUGGUACUCUACUCUCGGAGGGAGACAACCAGGGCUGCUACCCACUGGAUGGCCAUGUUCUCUGCAAAAACUGCAACACCAGCCGCAUCCAGGCCCUCACCGCCAAAGCCACCACUGACCUCUGAAUGAUACACACACACACACAUGACCCCAAACACACACACACAACACACACACACACACACACACACACACGACCCCAAACACUCACCACACACUCACACACACCACAGAAAUACCUGCAUGCACACAUCACAUGCUCAGUUAAAUCCCUGAAAACCUACCUGCUUCAACCAAGCUCAAUAGAUGUAUGCAAGCACACUCAAUGAAAUUAAGUUUAUAAUCUUAAAUAUCCUCAUUAGUUUCACCAGUGCACCCACCCACAUGUAUUAUACAAACAAACACACACACACACACACACACACACACACACACACACACGCAUGCACACACACACACACACACACUUUCUUAUAUAAUGUUGCACAGCUUAGUGCCAGCAGUGGCGUAUUUUGUUUACCACUGCUUUUCCUAUGCAAUCAAACUAUGGCUGAACACCGAUGCCUUCUACCCACCACAUUCCCAUGGCAGUGGUCACCACAGAGUAGGGCCACAACACCCCCAGAGCUUUGGAGGAGUUGGAAUGGACACAAGCUGCAUUAUUUUGCAGAAUAGUAGACUAGUUUUUCACCUUUGAAUUCUGGAAUGGGAACUCUUUAGCACAGUGGGUUCCAAGGGCAACUACCUUUGCCCACAUUUGUAACUCUAAAGGGACCACAUAUUUCCACUGAGUGCUUUAAAUGAUGUGAAAGGACCCGAGUGUCCACGUCUGCAUCGUUAUUGUAAUGGCUUCAACAGUUCAAUAAAUGUGUUAUGCAUUCUGUAUACCAAUUUGUCACAGGGCCAAAACAAAUCCUAACGCAUACAAAUCUUCCAUACACCAGGACCAUGGCGAGGCCCCUGAAGUGCUGCCCACCGUGUCUGUUCCUCUGCUGGCCUGGAAUCACCGUUUAUAAGACAAAAGUGUAAAAAAAAAAAAAAACCUAUGAUCAAAACAUCAUUCUAGCCAUGUUGUCAAACAACAACUAUGAUCUGGAUAUAGAAGUGAUAUGGAGAACAAUACGGCCUUGUUACUCUGGACAAUAUGGCUAAAAUGACAAAAGCUGCUGUUAGUGUAGUGGAGGUCAGAUUCAAUUCCUUUGAAGGGCCAUCCCCUGCACAUGUAACACAUAGAGAGAGAGAUGAGGUGUGAGACAUGUGUAUGAGUGACCAAACCAGUGCCUCCAUAUGUAAACAACCUACUGAACCAUUCCUAAAACCUGCCCUUUACAAAAUGACCUGUAGGUGGAAAUGCUGUAUGUUUGAGUUUGAGCGCGCGCACAUACACACACACACACACACACACACACACACACACACACACACACACACACACACACACACACUAUCAACAUUUCUUGAGAUGUUUCAGUAUUUGAAGCAUUAGCCAAAGAGCUGUUUACUUGUAUUGACCACCUUGAGUAGUAUAUGCUAUCCAUGUAGUGCCACGUUGUUUGCAAAGGGACUGUGAAUCUCCGAGCUUCCGCAGCCUUCAGCCUCCUGAACCAAAGCAAACCUGCUCUGCUCCAUUGAAAUUCAACACCGGAUAUAUGGUGGACUUAUAACUAAUUACUUUUUCCUUUCACUGAGCAGGCUCACCAUGUGUGUGUAUAUAUAAUAAAAAGGCAGCGUGCCUUUAUUUACAAUAACUUGUAGUUGGGUGAGCGCCUCCUCGAGAUUCUACUGGUGACGUGAAAGAGCCUCAUGGUAAAGCCGUUGAUUGUGAAGGUCAUCAAAUUGUCUUCAGGGUAGCAUGCAGAGAGCACACAGAGCUGUAGUCCUUGAUUAUAGUCUUUGGUCUUUAUGCUUGGCAUAACAAACAGAGGACCUUUGUACAGGCCGUUGUUACCUCAGUCGCAUUGCUCUGUCUGCUUCUCUCUGUCUCUUUCUCUCGUGUCUGUUUCAGCGCGGUAGAGAGAAACGAGUGUCUUCCCAAGAUUUUCCAUUCAUAUGGCUCAUUUGUCUUCCAAUGUGGUCUACAGUUGAGACCAUUCAAAACAAUCCCAUGAUAUUUUAGAUAAUAAUCUUAUUUACUCUUUCAUGAGCAAGGAAGAUAGUAAUAUCAGUGAAAGUGUUUUUUUUUUUUUUUAGGAUUAGAUUAUAGAGCGACUCUGAACUUUUGACAAUAUGCAUUUUUAUAUUUGAUUGCAUUGACACUUUAUUAAGAAAGAUAUGCAAAUAUUUUAACUUUAAACGAAAUAUUUAAAUUGUCGGGGAUACAGUAAAAGUUCACUUCUCGUCCUCAGUCUUUUCUCAUUGGCGUGAGCUGUAUCUGUAUAUGUGUCAUUCAGUCAUUAAUAUUGUGUCGUAAAUAUUGUCAUAAGACCUCUGAAAUCUCCUGUUUUCAUUUGAGCAAAGGUACUUUUGUGCGUCGCAGAAUCCCCCUGCCUCGUUUCAUUUUCUUUAAUUUCAUUACAAAGGUUACUUUUAUUGACAUCUACUACCUAACGAGGGCCUACACCGUGUCCCGUCCAAAUUGUACUGAUGAAAUGAUGGAUAAUUUGCCCUAAAAAUGCUCUGAAUAAGGGAAAUGGCUUUGAUGCUUAAGUUACUUGUUUCCUUGUUUGCGUGUGAUUUUUUUUGCUUGUUUGUGAUCUGUUAUUGUCUACCAGACAGUGUGCCACAAGAUCAAAAGUAGAGAGCGUGUGGGAAAGGGCCUGUUCAGUAGGGACCACAGUUUAUCAGUCUGCAUUAGGAGGGCCAGGCAAGUGCUUAAUGGAGUCUGAUACAGAUGCUCCUCUUGGUGCCCAGAUGGAAGUUGAGUCUGGAACGGAGAAGGGUCGGGUUAGGGCUGGACAUGCGCUGGACCAGGGCCAGAUACGUGCCAAGAUCACGUCUAUCGCUUUCUAACCAACCUCAGAUCAACGUCCGUAUGACCAAUGCGUUCACAUGGGAACGGAAUCGAAGGUUUAGGACUGUUGCUCACUAGAAGGUUAAGGUGUGUGUCUUGUUUCAAAUGUUGAAACCUAUAAAUACUCUUUAUCUCCCUCAGAUCUGUGUACAAAAAUGCGUAGUAUUACAUUCUUUUCUUUUUUUAUGAGUAAUGACAUCACAUCAAAAAUGUAAUAGAAUAGGAAACCUUUAUUGUCUUUUCAAGUAGCCAUUUUAAUGCCAUUCCUUCCUCAGGCUUCUCUGUCAAGCUUGUUUGGGCCGGCAGGUUGCGACGUUCAGUGCAAUCCUACCAGAUUUAUGACAUCUUUCAUUUAUGCGGGAUCAUUAAGCUGCAGUUGUGGUAAAUUGCUUUGACUCGCCCUUACCGGUAUUCUACAAAAUGAAAAAUACACAUAAAUAUAAGCUAAUACAGUGGUGCUAUAUAGUUUGUGAAGUUUUGAACUUGACAUUUACUAAACAGAAAUGUAGUGGGUGGCAAAACAUGAAGCAGGGGGGUCAUGCUUCUGUGUGAGAAAAAUGCGACGGAAUUCCUCCCAACUGUUGUGGAUUGAUUGGAUGAAGAUCUGCUCUCAAUAGUGAUUUUCAUAAAUGGCUAGGAUCAGGAUGUCAAAAAGUUUGUUACUGAUUGACAUAGUUUGUUAGCCAGUUAAUGUUUGUUGACUACCUGUAAGUCAUGGUAACAUUGAUCCUGCAUAUUUGUUAUCCCUGGUAAAUUGCGAACUGAAGUUAUACAUGACAUAAUUUAGUAACGUUAGUUAUUUUUUAUGCAGAGGAUGGAAGUUGCAUUAACAACUUUGAUAUACUGUGCUGUAAUAAUACACUAUGUAAGUGGUUUGCUAGCGUGAGAAAAAGAGGGAAAAGUAGAAGUAAGAAGUGAAGAUAAAAUGGUACGGUUUCUAGCAAGUUAUGUUUCCAUGGGAAUGCUUUUGUUGUACGGAAUUAUAUCUGAAGUUGGUUGGAAAAACGAUAGACGCAUGCUGAAUUGAGGCCAAAUCGUGCCCAGGAUCAGCUGCUGUCUGAGUGUCCAUGUACUAUUUGACGCACCUCUUGACCCUCCUGUAUGCUGCAGUACAACUGUGACGAGUUUUAGUGUUAUAUUCCAUAGCGCUGGGUUUAUCUGGUGGCUGAAGUUCAAGUUCAGAUUGAAACGGGAUGGCCUUCAUUGUGGCCUGCUACUUAAGUUAAGCAAGAACUACACACUCAAAACAUUUUAGUAUCCUCAUUUUGUUGUCCUUUAAUCUUUGUACUCUUUUUUGUACAAUGCCCUCUCUUCACUUGCUGAUUCUAGAAUAUAUUUUGUGUGUCUUUCCAAACACUCCAUGUUGUUUUUACUAGUCUGCUGGCUACUAUUCCCUUAUACCAAAGCAGAGAGAGGAAGACAAGAAGCCCUCGAUGCCUCCUUUAAAUGUAGAUGAAGAAUAUGACUUUGGCGGCCCAGGGGGACAUGUUCAGACAAAUACGAGUGCCUUUUAGUCAAUAAUUAAGCAGAGGCACACGUGUCGUCAUAGCCUUAGGUCCAUGUGGAGUCAAACCAGCUGAAUGUUCCCUCGCUCCUCCUGACAGACUUUGUCUUAUGCUGUCCUCAAAGUAUCCGUGCAAGCACUGCAUGUGUAGAUCAAGCCACUUACCACCUCCGAGAAAUGUGAGCUAUCCAUGUAUUUCUUUGUCAAAGAUCCAUGUGCCAACCUUACAAGUCCUCAAGUAACACACUCAGACCUGCUUCAGAAAAGCUUAAAUGUGAUGCGCGUCAUAUUUCAUGGUAGUUCCAUAAGUGUGUAUGCUGCUACGUCAUGCGGACGCUCUCCUCCGCACCGUCUUCUACUGCAUGGCUGUUCGAAUAUAUGACUCUGGCUUGGUGCAGCUAGAUGCUAAGUGAUGCUAAUUAAUCCUGUAGCACACUAGUGUUCAUAAUUUGUCAUUUCAAUCUUAAUCAGUUUCCUCAAAUAACUGCGUGGUAAGGUCUGCAGCUGUGAGCAAACUCCAUAUGCUUUACAAAGCGGGGCUUUAAGGAAAGCAUCACUAUUUUAUUUCAAUGAUCUGUAGACUCCAUGGAGGCUGUUCUCUGGUGUCCCUGAGAUACCCCCAUUGUUGUAUUUGGAGUCAAAAUGGCCGUUACGCCAUCGUUGGCUGACGGCACGGUGAAUGAAAUCUCCUCCGCAAGGUGACUAGCAGAGCAUUCUUCAUGGAGAAAGUGAUUGAUUUUUGUUGUUACUGUUGUUUCUCUCCUGUACUCCUGCCUCUUUUUCUUGUCAUCAAUAAAACAUUAUUAUAAAGGCA